AUGAGCGAAUUUCCACCGCCGGGGACUCCCAUCAAGACAAGGGGUUUCAGACAAGUGUGCGAGGUCGAUGGCCGUACAUUCUUCAAGAAGAAUGGUGCACAAGAGUGGAUCGAGGAUAAGUCCAACCCAGAGGACUUGAAGCCACCCGCCGAAAACCCGCAUCUCUAUCUCUAUCUCGUGCAAGAAGAACAAGCCCCCGGAGAACCCAACCAUUGGGCACUCUUCCUUGCCGACGAAAACGAGCCUGAUUACGGCUAUGUUUACCAAGUCACGGGAGAUGCACAGGAUAUGAAAUACGAGCCAUCGGCUGAAAAGGUCAAUGUUGUUGACGCUGGCCUCACAUCCAACGUCUAUACCCUGGCUGUUGUGACUCAAGAACAGGACAGGGCAGCGAAGCUGGUGAAACAGGCUGCGGAGUCGGAGCUUCCUCCACAAGCGGAGAAUCGGAAGGCGGUUACGGAAAACUGCCAGGGGUGGACUGUGCGUGUUAUCGAGAAGCUGGUUAAAGAGAAGAUUGUAAUGCCUCAAAAGCUUGAAGUGGCAAGGUCCUUAAUGGAGGCCGUUUGA